AUGAGGGUGGACGACCCCGGACAGUCACCGCCUCGUUUGGUACAGCAAUGUGAGGAGACCGUCACCAAGGUGGAGGUGACACAGGUGCUGGUUGAACGUCUGCUACGAGGGCUGGAUAACCAGAGGGCGUCUGGCCCCGAUGACCUCAGCCCGCACCUGCUGAAGCAUUGUGUCCACGAGCUGGCUUCCCCUCUCGCCACAGUCUUUUCUGCCUGCCUCCGGGAAAACAUCUGGCCAUCAACCGGGAGACUCGACAGCAUCCAGCGACGGGCGCUGCGAAUGGUGGAUGCAGCAGCUCCCCCAGUCCAGACGGAGACUCCCAGCUCCGCACCGCAGAGACGUCGCAGCGCUUGUUCUCCACAAAGCACAGGUGCAGAAAGUGCCACACCUGGCGGGACUACCUCAACCUCCGAGAUGUCACUCCACGCCGCACUAGUACCGCGUCAGCCCCGCAAAGCCCGCAGCGUCACUCCACACCGCGCCAUCACCGCGUCAGCCCCACACACCACCACAGCGUCACUCCACGCCGCGCCAGCACCGCGUCAGCCCCGCACAGCACCGCAGCGUCACUCCACGCCGCGCCAUCACCGCGUCAGCCCCACACAGCACCGCAGCGUCACUCCACGCCGCGCCAGCACCGCGUCAGCCCGGCACAGCACCCCAGCGACACUCCACGCCGCACCAGCACCGCGUCAGCCCCGCACAGCACCACAGCGUCACUCCACGCCGCGCCAGUACCACGUCAGCCCUGCAAAGUACCACAGCGUCACUCCACCCCGCGCCAGCACCGCGUUAGCCCUGCACAGCAUCACAGGGUCACUCCACGCCGCGUCAGCACCGCGUCAGCCCCACAAAGCACCACAGCGUCACUCCACGCCGCGCCAGCACCGCGUCAGCCCCGCACAGCACCGCAGCGUCACUCCACGCCGCGCCAGCACCGCAUCAGCCCUGCACAGCACCGCAGCAUCACUCCACGCCACGCUAGCACCGCGUCAGCCCCACUCAGCACCACAGCGUCACUCCACGCAGCGCCAGCACCGCGUCAGCCCCGCACAGCACCACAGCGUCACUCCACGCAGCGCCAGCACCGCAUCAGCCCCGCAGAGCACCACAGCGUCACUCCACGCCGCGCCAGCACCGCGUCGACCCCGCACAGCACCGCAGCGUCACUCUACGCCGCGCCAGCACCGCGUCAGCCCCGCACAGCACUACAACGUCACUCCACGCCGCGCCAGCACCGCGUCAGCCCCGCACAGCAGUACAGCGUCACUCCACGCCGCGCCAGCACCGCGUCAGCCCCGCACAGCACUACAGCGUCACUCCACGCCGCGCAAGCACCGCGUCAACCCCGCACAGCACUACACCGUCACUCCACGCCGCCCCAGCACCGCGUCAGCCCCGCACAGCACUACAGCGUCACUCCACCCCGCGCCAGCACUGCGUCUGCCCCGCACAGCACCACAGCGUCAAUCCACGCCGCGCCAGCACCGCGUCUGCCCCGCACAGCACUACAGCGUUACUCCACGCC